UAAAGGAAAAAUUUUUAAGAUCAGCUGUUAAAACAGCACUUAAAUGAAAAGUACAAGCAGCAGUGGUUUAGAAUCCAAAGGUUCACCUGCCCGUUCAGGCACCAGUGUUUCUUAUGAUGGAGGCAGCAAGGUGGGCUGCUUAGUUCUACAUGAUGGCCCCUAGGGGGCGCCCAAGAGCAAAGGCCCCUUGGAUCCCUAGACGGCUCCUGUGACCCGCCUGUGGAGCCCCCACUGCCUUCCCCAGCUGUGUGGGGAUUUAGAGAGGCUACCUGUAGCAGAACUUUCUAUUCAAACAACAACAGCUCCACAGGGUUCAAUUGUUUUCAACAGAUCGUGUCCACAUCCAUAAAAUUAUCAACAGUAAACGAUCCAUUCAUUUUUUUCACUCAACAGAUACGUGGCAACUGCCUCUGUUCGCUGGGCACUGAGAUCCACAUUUGCAAUAAAUGAUGGUCAAGACGGGUUUGGGUUAAAAGCAGAAUAAAUGGUUCAUAACAGCGGACACGAAUAAAGGGAGAGGAGUUCCCUGGUGGCCUAGUGGCUAAGGAGUCAGCAUUAUCACCGCUGCGGCUCAGGUUCAGUCUCUGGCCCAGGAACUUCCAAACACCAUGGGCGCAGCCAAAAAAAAAAAAAAAAAAAAGAAUAAAAGGAAAAAACUUCUCACCAGAAGCCCUGUUUUUCAGGGUGGGACAUGUGGCCAGGGGUGCAGAAAACAAACUUCCCUUCUUUUAAGGAAAAAGGAAACAACAUUAAUUGGGCAUCUGCUAUGGGUCUGGCUAAGUGCUUGGUAUAUAUGACGGGAUAACAUUUUAACUAUUCAUUUGUGCUUAUCUGUGAGUGUCCUGGACAGGAAAAGGACCUCAGAGAGGAACAGCGGUGCGGGGACGGGGGAUGUCCUCAGUCCCUGAGGGGCUCAGCCGUGGCGCGGUUUGCAGACCUGCAAGAACCCAGGAAAGAGGAGGAGAGUGGGGCUCACGGAAGCAAUGACCAGCAGACCAGGAGCAGCCUCUGCCAGAGGAGGGGCGCCUUUCCACCCGCUGACCUGUCCUGCGUCGCAGCCAUGCCAGCCUUGGGGCUGCGACUGUCCCUCCGCGCAGCAGGGAUCCUUCAGCUCCUCUCAGUGACAAGCAGCAUCUGCCUGGCUUCUGCCCUGCAGCUGACCAGCGAGGGCAAGACCUUCUGGAGGGUGGAGCAGGAGCUGCGCUGGUCUGAGGCCCUGGACUACUGCCGGCAGCACCACACAGACCUGGCCGACCUGCAGAGCAUGAACAGCUGGAGCAGCAUCAAGGCCCUCUACUCCCUCACCAGCAGCACCGGGGCCUGGAUCGGCCUCUUCUUCGAUGUGCAGACUCGUGGCCCGAGAUGGUCCAGCGGCUCCAUCUUCAGCAUCCCGGUGUGGACCUCGAUGCCGUCCUUGGAGGAGGGGCUCUGUGUCACUCUGUAUUCCAUAACCCUUCUCGUCAGUCUGGGGGCCGCCUCGUGCACAGCUCAGAAGCCCUUCAUCUGCUACUACGACCCUGCCGUGGGGCUUGGCACCGUCCUGCAGCCAGCUGUCAGCCUGACCACCUCUGGGAAGCCAGUUGAGGUCCAGAUUGGCAGACUGACCUUCAAGCGAUUUGACCAAGACAGGACGUGGCUGGCGGCCUUGCAGUAUUGCCGCAGAUACUACACAGACCUGGCUGACCUGCAGUCGGUCACUGACAAGGCAGACAAGGAGGCCCUGAAAUCCAUCGCGAGUAAGACCGAGGCCUGGAUCGGCCUCUACUUCAACGCGGCCUCUGGGUCUCUGAGAUGGUCCAGCGAUGCAGGUACCAGCAUCCCUGCCUGGCUGAAGGUGCCCCAGUUCGGGCCAGGCCUGUGUGCAGGGCUCGCCAGCUACUGGAGCUUCUUCCCCAGAGUCUCUUCAGUGGACUGUUCAUCCCUGAAACCCUUCAUCUGCUUCAACGACCCCACCGUGGGACACCGGGUGUCAGCAGCCCUCCCUGAGCUCUUCUACACGCCGUCUCAGCAGGGACCGCAGGGACGACGCCCAGGCCAAGUACCCUCCCCUGUUUGCUGCUCUGUUCUGGGUGCUUUGACCUGUUCUCGGCUGCAUCCUGGGGUCUCCAGAGCCUGGGAGUGAAGGGUGAUAUGCAUGCAGCCUUUUGGGGUGGGCCCUGUGGGAGCCUCUCCAAAGUACCCCCUAUGGAGAGAGAUGUCGCUGGACCCCCCACCCCGCUAGGCUAGCUGGGGCUCAGAGGAGGAAGACCUGGUCACCAUCACUCUCCUUCCCUGAUCUGGGCCACUGAACCUACAGCUCCUGGGCCAGGGGACCCAGGAGAGGCUGUGCCGUCUCUCAGGUGAGGGGAUGAGGGCCUGGCCUGGGAGGCAGAGGGGAAGAUGCUGAGCGGUUUCCUAACGAAGACCCGACAGAGAGGCCUCGGAGGUUCAGCAUCCAGAAAGGGAUGUGCAUGGGCUGUCAAAAUGCUUCCGAUUUGGGACUUUUCUGGGAGGAGAGAGGAUGAGAUAAGUUGCUGGGACUAUGGGACAUGGCUGGGAAUGACAGGGGUAAGUGUUGCUUGAGCAUUUUUAAAUUCCGAACAUCUUCACAGCUCUUACCUCAUUGUGCUUCCCAAGAGCUCUGCAGUUAAUUAGGACAAUUAAGGGCGAAGGGACAGUUCUCCUGGCUUCUUUACUGAUUCCUACAUCAGACAAAGGUAUUCCUGCCUUUUUGGAGGACGCAGAGAAGUUAGGGGACUUGCUCACAGUCGCACAGAGCUUCAUUAACUCCAGGCACUCAAGGAAAGGUGGGGCCUGUUCUGAAGGCGCUGACAGCCAGCUGGGAAGAGGGGUCCUGACAGGCAUGAUGGGCCACUAAAAAGGGGAUUGUCCCAGUUCUUGUAAUUGUCAGAGGGUUUCCUGGAGGAGGUGAUUUCCAACGAUAAGGUGGAGUCAGCCUGCCAAGGGGCGUGGAGACGGGUGGGGUUGCAGGUAGGAGUUGCAGGUGGGUUGGGGCCGGCGCUGUAGGGGUGUGGGGGGCUGUGAGCUGCUAAGGAGGCCACCACUUCGGUGGAGAAGCCUGUCUUCUGCUUCCCAUCAAGGUCUCACCUGGCCUGCUGGCCACCCAGGCCGUACCGGGGUUCAGGAGGCCCUCCCUGAGCUGCGUGUGCGGGCAAGGGGCUGCAGGGCCCGGGAGUUCUGCGCGUUGCGGUCCCUCCCCGGCCAAGUCUUCUCUUUGCCGUAGGGACCAGCGCCGGCUCCGCCGGCACCACGGCUACGGAGGGGCGGCUUGCGCAGCGACUUAGUCCCGAGCCGCCUGAGCUCUGCUCGGCCACUCCCGGCCCCCGCGCUUCCGUCUUCGCGGGCUCCGCGGCGCCCCAGCCUCAAGGGACAGCGGCACCAAGCCCUCCUGCCCACGCGAUGCUCGAGUACUCCCCCGCCCCCGACCGAGGGCCCUGGACCCCGCCGGUCGCCACCCAGAGCGCAUCCAUCCGCCCUGCGCCCCCUGCCUCCUUGCUGACUCCUGCAGGGUCAGCGCCCCCGGGGAGACCCCCUGUCCUCCAGGAAGUGAUCGGGAGCCCUCUGACCUUCAUUUCGAGCCCUGCUCCGAGCCCCGCGCCCCCGGAGGACCCCGUUACCCAGGGCGGGCCUGGGACGCCGUUGGAGGCCUCGCUCAGCUCCACCCUGUGGGCCUCAGCUCACCGAGGGGUGGCGACGCCGCCUGGGUCCGCCACGUCCAGCCAGUCCCGCAGCGCCGAGCCUCCGGGGUCCGAAGAAAACACCUUGGAGCCUUCCGGCUCGGGGAGCUCCGCUGGACCCCAAAGAGCAGUCACGCACUCCGAGUGGGCAGCUCCGAGCCAGGCCGCACACCUGGAGACCCCCGGGAGCCGGCUGGGGCCUGAAACAGCUGUGACCAGUGAAAAGAGUGGCACCUAUACGAGAGAUACAGCUACUGCCACUCAGGCCCAACAUUUGAGCUCAUCUCAUCAACCAGAUUCUAAAGAAGAAACUCCAGCACCCAAACCAGCACAACUCUUUGGAAUCCUGAAAGCAGAUUUCAUUAUCCCUGUUCUGAUGGACCCAGAAGACAUGAAAGACCAGUUUUUGAAUGAGAUCCAAGAGGCCUUAAAGCUUACACUGGGUCAGGAGAAAUUCAGAUUGAAGUGGGUCGGCUUCGAAGAAAACAAAAAAUAGCUCACGUCUGCUAACCUGGCGUCUCGUCAUACGCUUUUCUCUGGAUUCUGAGUGAAUUUUAGUUGUUAAAUUCCUAGUAAAACAGAAGUAGGAAGAACUGAUAGGUGAAGAAACUAACUGGUGGAAUUUCAGACCUCUAUUGAGCGUGUAAAAAAACUACUACCUCUGGGGGACCUGCACCUUGGGGUUUUCUAGCAUGAAAUAGGUAAGCAGAAGGUGGAGGUAUGUGGGAACAAUAACCUUGAGAAUGACUAGCAAACAGGAACAAAAUAUCCCAACCAAACAACUCCAUUAAUCUAUUGGGGAAUUAAGAGAGGACGGCGCGGGUGUGGGAAGCUAAGUGGGGCCGGACUUCCAAUAAAAAGGAGGGCACUUUCUUCCCAGUUACGAGCUAGAAAAGAGAUUUCAAAUUCUGCAGAACGAGGAGCUCUCUAAAAGUGUUAUUACAAUACAUGUUAGCGCUAGCUCCCUGUCCUACAUCUGCAUACUUUUAACCUCUAAGUUGGGAAGUUCUAAGACAGCACGUUGUUCUGAAUGUUAAAAUAUACCUUCAGGAUAAUGUUCCUGCACACAUUCUGCUUCUCGUUUUUCUCCAAGCGUCUCCUAAGCACCCAGAAAACAGGCAGAAGUAAGAGAGUAAUAUGUCAAAUACAGUAGCAACUUUAGUCUGAAAUGUUUAAAGUUAAAGUUUAUUUGUAUUCUUUGUAGGAAUAUCAAUAAAAGACCUCAAACGUAUCUAUAUCUGUACAUGUACAAGAACCGUCAAAAAUUAUUCACAGAACAAAAAUAAAUCUUCUCUUAGAACAAACCCAGGUAAUGAAAUGCAGAUACGGAGCUCACAUAUGGAACGAUCUAAGUGCUACUAGCACAAAAAUAUGGCUUUAAAAAUAAAAUAAAAUCUUGGGUUUUGUUUUUCUAACGUGUAUUUUUCUCUGUCUUGAAAUAAAAAAUAAAUUAUUUAGAGCUAUCAUUGUAAAAUAGUCCUGUGUAUUAACACACUCUUAUUAAGGCCCUGGAGAUGAAAAACAAAAUCAAAUUUAGAAGGUAGGUUCCUCACAGGCGAGAUUCAGGUUAAUGCUCUGCUGUCUGCUUGAGUUAAUUUUAAUGUGACUAGGAGAUGUCUAAGCACCAAUCAAAAUUUAAACUUUACUAUUUAUUUUAAAUUUUCUGCAGGAGAGUGGUCACUGAGUCAAUUAGUACUUAACCUUCUGGGGAACUGGGAACCGAACAUUUUCCCUUGGGGGCUAAGGAGUGACAUAAAUACGGUACUUAUUCUUAAAUAUUUGUACCCCCACACAGACGAUCGAGGCUCCUAAUACACAGUUCGGUGGAAAUCUCUCUACAGAUAAAUCCGGUUUUAAGUCUCAAACUAAAACAUUUCCUAGGGAAGAACGAGGGCAUUGAAAAACAUAAGAACUGAGCUGGAAAUUAAAAUACAUGCUGAAAUAUGGGCAGAAGUGACCAUUUGGCUUUCUUUGGGUGACUCACUGCCAACCCCCUAUGGGUUGGUUACUCCAACACUCCAGGAGUAACUGAUCAGGAAUGAAAGCUACUUCUUUCUGGAUCCUACUCUCAGAUCAGUGAUACUCAACUUCCUAUGACUCCCCAGAGUAUCCAUAAUGCUAUCUAGGAUUCUUGAGACAAUGUCAAACCAAAUCGAUUUCAAGUCACUUUAACUUAUAUAUACACAUAACACAUAUGGUACAUUUUAACGAGGAAAGAACCACUGUCAUAAAAUCUAACAAAUGAGAGCAUAAAAAUCUAAAAAACUUGAGGAAGUCUGGGACUCGCUGCUCUAUAAGAUGGACUGACUUUCAGAAAAAGGAAGCCUGGGAAUCACGUGUUCUGUGGGGGUGCACACACGUUGUCUACAGAGACUUUUUCAUCUAGCUGUGCAUUUUGAGAGCAGGCAAAGGAUAGAAAUCCUCCUGUCUCCUUGAACCUUUGGGCUAUGGAGAAGGCUGCUGGGCAUUAGGCCCCUGCUGGAUCAUGUCUCUUCCUCAGGUUCUUUCCCUCUGCAUAAGAUAUUUAUUUUUCCUCAUGCAAAUUUCAUCACUUUUGUCCUUCCUAAACUCAAGAGCAUUCAUAACUGGGUCAUGACAAGAGAAUGCUUCUAGAACUAAUUACAAUCAUUCGAACACGAAAAGAGAUUCUAUUUAAAAAUUCAACACCCCAACAUAUCUCGCUUUUUAAAACCAGCAAGAUAGGUCCUUUUAAUUGACAUACUGCUAAAAACCAAAGUGUCCCACAUUCUUGGCCCUCAGGUAGGGGGCGGGAAGGCAACUAUUUACUGUUGAAGCAAGCAGGAGAUUUUACUACUAGAUUUGAAAAAGGGAAAAGGAAUGGAGAGGAAAUCCCUUUUGGUUUUCCACAAUCUGCAGAAGGUGUAGCUGAAAACACAGGGAUGGUGUGGGCGUGGGCUCCAGUCACAAGUCUGAUCUGGUGUCAACUCUAGUCUGAGUCCCUUGAGCCUUAAUAAUCCAAAGAGGGCUCCUCCCCCAAGUUCUGUCCCAUAACCAGCCUUCUCAGAAACUGCAAACUGGAGACAACUAGAACUAAACCUAGAUGGAAGGCAGAGCAAAUGUAAUCGAGCUCACUUGACGGAAAGGGUCUUGCUCAGGGGUCAAACCCCUGCUGCAGCAGUAACCAGAGCCACAGCAGUGACAACGCCAGAUCCUCAAUGCGCUGAGCCACCAGGAAAUGCCCAAGAAGCUUUACUUUUAACAUCACGGCAUAACAGCAGUCAUAGGCUGGAAAUCCUACUUCUUUAGCUGUCCAACACCAUCCCAAGCAAAGGGAGAAGCCGACCAGAGAAAGCUAAUUCUGACCAACUCAAUCCUGAGUGAAAACGGCAACAAGUUCUAGCAGCAUGAUGACCUCAUUCUACCACGCUCCCCUUUACCACCUGCCCUGGACCCUAGCACUACCUUGGUGAUAGUCUUUGUCACGUCACCUAGUUAUAAUCUCCACUCUGUCAUGGCUUGUAGUGCGGAGACUCAGGGAAUAUGAUGGAUGACCUGAUGGAAAUGUAACUCCUUUUUGCUGCUUCGGCUCAGAAAGCUUAUUGCUCCAGAGAUAACAGAAGAGAAACAUCAAGCUCUUUUCCUACAUCCUACCAACAUUGUCCUUGUUGAUGCCAAGUCUGGUUGUCAGCUAGACAAGCACUUUGCAAGCAAGCAUGUCACCUGAAUUUCAAAUUCCAUCCAGCCUUCAUCUAGGCCGCACCCUACCAUGAGAUGACAUGUUGGGUGCUAGAAGGACUACAAGAUGUGACUUUCUUAAUCCACCUGCUUCUCUUCAACCAUGCACCUCCUCCUAGCCAAACAGAGGCAUGUACUUAAUUUGGGCUGAAGAAAAGCCAAUUAAGCAAUACCGCCAGAAAAAUUAUCAGCUGUGCUGCCCUCUUCCCUGCCAAAAAAAAAAAAAAAAAAAAAAA